UUCAUCGGUCGACGUUCAUACAUCUACAGCAGAAAUGGUGUGCGGAGGAUUUCAAUGUUCGAAGAAUGCAUUGGCAGCCUUGAAUGUGUUAUAUAUAUUUGUGUCAUUUAUUCUGAUUGGCGUGGCAGCAUAUGGUAGAGUUGUCGCCAUAGUGACCAAUUUGACCUUGGUUGGAGGGAUCAUUGCCUGUGGAGUUUUCCUGUUCAUUAUUUCCCUCAUUGGUCUCAUUGGUGCAAUCAAGCAUCACCAGGUGCUCCUCUUUUUUUACAUGAUCAUACUGUUCCUGUUAUUCCUGCUCCAAUUCUCCUUGGCCUGUGCAUGUCUCGCUAUCAAUGAGAAACAGCAGGAACAGUUUGCAGAAAAUGGAUGGAGACUUGCUUCAAACCAGACCAAAGAUUCAGUCCAGUUCAAAUUUGACUGCUGUGGAUUUGCGGAUUGGAACAAACCUGGAGAUGAUCCAAGCGGUCACCCUCCCUGUGGAGGGAUUAAAUGCUGUAGUGGAGGUAAUGCAGGACCUUGCUGUACAAAAACAUUUAAUAUAACUGCAGCUGAUCUACAAGCCAGCUGUCCCUGUCAGACGUGUUUGAAUGCACUGCAAAAUGAAAUCCACUCAGCAUUUAAAAUAACUGGAGGUGUAGGCCUCUUCUUUAGCUUCACAGAGAUUAUUGGAGUUUGGCUCGCACUACGAUACAGAAAUCAGAAAGAUCCUAAAGCAAAUCCAAGUGCAUUUUUAUAGUUGUAGGUAGUUACUAGUUAUGUAUUUAAUUUUCUUUAGUUUUACACAUAGUGGGCCUGUUUUAGUGAAGUGAAACCCAGCCAGAUCUGUUGUACACCAGGGUAUUUGUGAUUGGGUUGUGAUAAGUGUCUUAGCAGACUAGGUAAACCAUGAAAGGACACUAAAACAGUGGCCACCUGUUUAAUAUUGUUUUAUUUAUUGUUUUUGGAGUUCUGUAUUCAGUGAUAGACAUCAGUGUACCAGUAUUUUAUGUUAACAGAGUCAAAACUUUAUCACUGAUUUAAUCACUAAAUGUUGCUAUCUAGGUUUGUAAUAAUUUCUGUAUUAUUGUAUCAACUGCUACCACUUUGCAGAAAUUUUGAUAAUACAUAUGGUGAUAGACACACAUUUCAUUUAUAAGCCACAUUUGUAUCCUGGUUUAGAAAGAAUGUGAACAGUUUUGUCCUAUGGAGUAAGACAGCUUCUGAUGUCACUUGUCAUGUGUCUAGAAGUUGUGGACAAUCUAAAGUGUCAAGGUGACAUAGUGCUGCUCUUGACACCUGUCACCUGUGAACAGUUUUGGACAGUCUACAGUAUCAAGGGGACAUAGUACUGAUGUUGACAGUAUCAGUGUUACCUAAUAUUGCUUUUGACACUUGUCAUCUGUAAAACCAUCUGGUACAGUAUACAGUACUAAGGUUACAUAGUACUGUUGUUGACACCUGUCACCUGUAAAACUGGGACCAUCAACAGUGUCAACGUGAAAGUACUAUUGACACCUAUCAUCUGUAAAACAGUCUUGGGCAGUCUACAUUAUCAAGGGGACAUAGUACUGUUAUUGACACCUGUCACCUGUAAAACAGUGUGUGACCGUCAACUAUGUCGAGGUAACAUAUUACUUUGACACCUGUAAUUAUUCUGUACAUGUAUGGUAGCCUAUAAAGUUGGUAUGAUCAGUUGUUAGGGCUAAUGCGUUGCUACAGAUCACAAGAACAGAUUGAGAUUGAAAGGAUGAAAUAAAAAUGUUCCUUGUUGACUUAUGGCAUACUGAUUAACAUUUUUGAUGCAGGAUUCCUAUAAAUUAUAUGUUACUGAUAAUGUUCAUAGUUUUUCUUGUAUUGAUUUGUAAGUAGCAGUUCUAUGUAUAAUAUUGUAUAAACAUCGUAUGAGAAGUGUAAACAAUAUAGUAUAAACAUGGUAUGAGAAGUGUAUAUACAAUAUUGUAUAAACAUCGUAUGAGAAGUGUAAACAAUAUAGUAUAAACAUGGUAUGAGAAGUGUAUAUACAAUAUUGUAUAAACAUGGUAUGAGAAGUGUAAACAAUAUUGUAUAAACAUGGUAUGAGAAGUGUAAACAAUAUUGUAUAAACAUGGUAUGAGAAGUGUAUAAACAAUAUUGUAUAAACAUGGUAUGAGAAGUGUAAACAAUAUUGUAUAAACACGGUAUGAGAAGUGUAUUAACAAUAUUGUAUAAACAUGGUAUGAGAAGUGUAUAAACAAUAUUGUAUAAACAUGGUAUGAGAAGUGUAUAUAUAAUAUUGUAUAAACAUGGUAUGAGAAGUGUAUAAACAAUAUUGUAUAAACAUGGUAUGAGAAGUGUAUAUAUAAUAUUGUAUAAACAUGGUAUGAGAAGUGUAUAAACAAUAUUGUAUAAACAUGGUAUGAGAAGUGUAUAUAUAAUAUUGUAUAAACAUGGUAUGAGAAGUGUAUAUAUAAUAUUGUAUAAACAUGGUAUGAGAAGUGUAUAAACAAUAUUGUAUAAACAUGGUAUGAGAAGUGUAUAUAUAAUAUUGUAUAAACAUGGUAUGAGAAGUGUAUAUAUAAUAUUGUAUAAACAUGGUAUGAGAAGUGUAUAAACAAUAUUGUAUAAACAUGGUAUGAGA